AUGGCCACCAAGCGACCCCCGGACGAUGACCCCAAUCUCGUCAACAAGAUCCAGCGAAUCGAGCAUGCCGACCCGCUGAGCCCACAACACCGCCCACCCUCCAACAAUGACUUCUCCGGCUCUGUCAAGAAGAAGCUCGCCGACUCCAAGCGGACGGGUCAGGCGUGCGAUCGAUGCAAGGUGCGCAAGAUACGCUGCGAUGGCCGCCCUGAGGGCUGCACGCCAUGCGAGCAGAACAGGACGCCCUGCCGCACCACCGACCGCAUCACCGGCCGCGCCACUGUCCGCGGCCAUGCCGAGGCCAUGGAGUCGGAGAACUCGUACCUGCGCGCCCAAAUCGCUGACCUCCAGGCCCAGCUAAAGGAGCACAACAUCGAGCCCCGCGCGCCGCCCGCCUACAAUGCCCUCCAACCGCCCAGCCACCCGUGGUCCUCCGCCCCCAGCGACAGCCAGGCGUGGAACGAUGGCCCGCGACGCACAAGCACCUCUCCUCUGCCCGGCUACGCGCCAGCCGGCACUCCAGGCAAGAUCGAGACGCUGCCGCAGUUCAAGCACGGUUCCAUCGGCGACAACUAUCUCGGUGUUGCGGCGGGAGACUCACUCUUGAGCCAUAUCAAAGGCACCUCGCUGUCAAUCUUCGGCACCGAAAUCAACAUUACCGACUUCAUGGCAGGCGAGGAAGAGUACGAGAGCUCGCCCAUGUCCUACACGACACUGAUCGACAUUGCAAUCGGCAGUCGCCAUGUCGACGAGCCCCAACUACCGCCAUACCCGGAGCUGCAAGAGUACGCCAUUUGGUAUCUGCGUUCAUUGAACCCCUACACGAUGCUUGUCCACAAGCCCGUCUUCAUGGAUUUGAUUUGGAGAUUCGGCAACGACACCAGCUUCGUUCCUACUGCACCCCAGAUUGUGACGGUUCACUUGAUGCUCGCGACCAUCACCUACCAGAUCGCGACCCGCAACAGCCAACAUAGCGGCAGCACCAUGCUGGACGAUUCGCAUGCCCACUACAUGUAUGCGCUGAGUUUCUACAAGGAGCUCAUCCGUGGAGACCACGGCUGGGAAGACGUUCAAGCCAUGGCCAUGAUAUGCCACCAUCUCCGGACCUUCCCCAAGCCCGGCGCGGCGUGGAUCAUGACCUCGACUGUCUACUUAUUUGCUGUCCAACUGGGUCUGCAUAGAUCUGUCAAAGUCUGGGUAGACGGCACCGGAGAACUCGGCAAGCUGGACAUCGAGAUGAGGAAGCGAGUCUACUGGACGCUGCACGCGCUGCUGGUCAACCUCAGCGGAAAGCUUGGACGGCCUAUACCCAUCAGCAUAAGUGACAUCGAUGUUGAAUUCCCGGAUCCAAUGAACGACUGUCUGCCUGGCGAGGAAGGCAAGCUGGACAUUUUCCAUCAAUGCUCGUUCCAAGUUGGCAUCCAAAUGGCCAAGUACAUUGUCUGGGAAACGGAACUCUACAAGAUCAUCUAUGCUGUUCGACACUCGCCAAAAUCAUACCUGGAGGGCUUGAAACGCCUCGAAGCCGGCAUACAACAGUGGAAAGAGGACCUCCCUUACGAGUUGCGCGACCCGUCGCAUGCGUCCGAAGAUGACCACAUAUUCGCCUUGUAUCUCGAGUACUGGUAUCAGGCGUUCAACCUGCUUCUACACCAUCCAGCUGUUUGCAGGUCCACUGACACGGCCAUCAUUAAUUCUAACCUGGACAAGUGCCUGACUGCAUCGCAGAAGAUGCUGCACAACUGUACGGCGAUGAUGAACAAAAAGAGUCUGGAUAUUCCCUGGAUUAACACGGUCGUUUACAUUGCCGCUGCCUUCACCACUCUCUUCAUCUCGUCUAUGCGGCAAGAGCAACUGUCGCCUGUGGAUAUGACAAAGCUCAAAGGCGACAUGGCAGCCUGGGUCAAUGUGCUCGGCGAAUGCGACCAGUUUCUGGGAUCCGGCAACAAACUCAAAACUGCCGUCGCAAGGAUCGUCGACCAGUCGCUUAGUAACAUCAACGACAACAUUGUCAAGCGAACUGCGACCGAGUCUCUCGCUCGCGUAGCGAUGCAUGCUCCACCCCGAUCGACGAAUACCGCCCCCACGUACGACAACAGCGGGUACCGCGACCAGUACACAACCUCAUCCAGUUCACCCACGGACCCUACCCUCACCUCACAAUCGGUAGGCCCGUACAGUGGUCUUCCGGGAAACAGUACACAUCCAUACAGUCUUGGCACCCCGGUGGCUCUCCCUCAGCAUACGAAUAGAACGUACGAACAACACGCAUACAGCAACGGCGAUGAGACAAGCAUGCAUGCGAAUCAUGCAGCAGCACUGGCAGGAGCAGGCUCGGGUAGCAUGUCGCAACCCUCAACUGAUGCGUACGCCUACAGUAAUGCGCAAAUUGCCAACAACGGCCACCAGCCCGCGUACGCGGCUAAUACCUAUGCUCCUCAAGACUGGAGUCAAUGGACACGAGCAUACAUGCAGCCACACAGCCAGCCCGGUGAAUAUCUAAAUACAGCAACCACUCUCAUGACACUGGGUCGAGACGGUGGGUCCCAGGGAACUGGGAGCGACGGCCAAGGGCUUGUCCAAACAUCCGGAGUCCAGGGACACGCUCCCAGCCAUUGGCCAGAUAUCGCAUUCCCGAAUGCCGCGACUGGUGGCAGCCACAUGGCUCAACAUUGA